AUGCAUGUUUUCUCUCUUCCUAGUACUGUUAGGACAAAGUGGUGUUUUUUUAUCGUGUCUGACCUCUUCUCUGUUGAAGCUGUAUUCAGCAGUCAACCUGUCAUUCUGCCAUUCUAUUGUAUUGAUGACGGAACUCUUCCAGUUUGGAGCACAAGACCUGCACCAAGCCUGGCUAUUAACUACUGGAGGCUUAAAGAAGAUGCAGUCAUGCGCGAUGUAAUCUUAGCGAUACGAGCCGAUGAAGCUCAUCACAGAGUUGUAAACCACACUCUGAGCUCGAUUCAUCUCAAUGAAAAGAAUCCAUUCUCUCCAGGCCAAAAGAAGCUAUGACACAACAAACUAUACAUCACACGAAUGGGUCCGACCUGUUGGAGAGAGGAUUUAAUUUAAUGACUUAAACAUUUGAUUAGUGUUUUUCAUAGCUAGGGUAAUUUCUGAGAAAGGAUUAUCGAAGGUGAAAGUUAAAAGUUUCCCAAACAAAAGAAGUUAAGGAUACUCGGCUCUGUGAACCUUGCCGGCUCGAUUCCUUUCUUGUUCCUAGAGUCCUCACAUGUAACGGUAAGUGAUAACGAGUGGCUCUGGGAACGAGAAUGCCUUGAUUCUCAUGUGGCCUUUGAAGGGCAUACGCAGUGAUAACCAUGGUUUAGAGAUCUGUCGUGAUUCCUAUGUCACUUCUACUGCAUCUUCUGUUGUUUUCCACCAUGCUGCUCUUGUGCGGCCACUCUAAGGUUACAUCUUCAUUAAUUUUUACCAUAAAUUUUUCUUUUUUUCA